AUGGCCGUCUGCCACCUUAGCAAAUAUUUUGCAGCCGUGUCCGUAGCUGUGAGUGCCUUCACACUCGUCUCCAUCUCGCUGGAGCGAUACUUUGCCAUCUGCCACCCUCUACGCUCACGCAGCUGGCAGACGUUAUCGCACGCCUACAAGACGAUUGCUGUCGUCUGGCUGCUAGCGCUGGCUGUGACCUUUCCGAUUGCUGUCGUGACGAAGCACAUACCGUGGGGUCCGCGGCGGCAUAAAUGCCGCGAGUUCUGGCCACGAGAUACGCCCGGUGAGCUGAUUUUCAGCUUGUUCCUGGAUGUGGCGUUGUUCGUGCUGCCGCUACUGCUCAUGCUCACCGCUUACACACUCAUCUCACGCACGCUGUGGAAGGGAAUCAAGAUGGAAGAGUUCGAUAUCCGGGUCGAGCAGACGAGAAAGACAGGCCACGUCAUGCGCAAGUCGCAGCUGAACACGGAGAAGAAUCUGAACGCGAAGCGACGCGUCAUCAAGAUGCUCUUCGUCGUCGUGCUCGAGUUCUUCAUCUGCUGGGGACCGCUGUACUGCACGUACACGUGGGGCGUGGUCGACCCAGGCGGAGCCACCAAAACCAUAUCAGCGCUCGCCUACAGCUUCGUCCAGUUGCUCUCCUACACGUCCUCGUGCACGAACCCGAUCACCUACUGCUUCAUGAACAAGAAGUAUCGCGAGGCGUUCAUGGCGGCGUGCGCGUGCCAACGGCGCAACAUCAGUGAGGCGCGAACACAGCUGCAGGGAGAGGCGGCGAGCUACGCGCGUCAGAGCGUUCGCAACGCAGCAG